AUGGCGGAAAUGGAGACUACUGACCUUGUCGGUGCGAACGGGCAGGUCAAAGUGCAGCGCAAGAAGAGCGGCCCGCCGACAGCGAAACUCAGCCCGGAGGAAGCACUCAAGAAGAAGAGGCAGCAGGAGGCAGAUCGACAGUAUGGCAGAGGACAGGGUGUGCGGACUAGAAGCAUCAAGGACAAGAAACUGCGAGGCAAUUUGCAGGCUCUAGAGCAAAAGUACAAAGAUGCUGCGCUGAAGGCGAAAGAUGCGGAGAUCCUGCUGGAAAAUCAGUCGGGAUUCCUCGAACCCGAAGGCGAACUCGAACGCACAUACAGAGUACGACAGGACGAGAUCAAGGACGAUGUCGAUACGGAGACCGCUAAGAAGGGCUUUGAGCUCAAGUUGAACGAGAUGGGCCCAUAUGUACACGACUACACAAGGAAUGGUCGUGAUCUAUUGCUGGCUGGUCGCAAAGGCCAUGUCGCCACGAUGGACUGGAGAAGCGGCAAAUUGGGGUGUGAACUACAGCUGGGUGAGACAGUGCGAGACGCGAAGUGGUUGCACAACAACCAGUACUUCGCUGUAGCUCAAAAGAAGAACGUAUACAUCUACGACCAUCAUGGCGUGGAGAUCCAUAAUCUCGACCAGCACCUAGAGGUAACCCAUAUGGAGUUUCUGCCAUAUCAUUUCCUUCUCGCGACGAUUGGGAAUGCUGGAUGGCUGAAGUGGCAGGACACCAGCACCGGCAAGCUUGUCAUGCAGAUGGGCACCAAGCAGGGGACUCCGACAGCUUUUGGGCAAAACCCCUACAACGCGGUCUUGCACGUUGGCCAUCAAAAUGGUACGGUCUCGUUGUGGUCGCCAAACAGUACAACACCUCUAGUCAAGAUGCUUUGCCAUCGGGGCCCGGUACGCUCCCUUGCUAUCGAUCGCGAAGGCCGAUACAUGACCAGCACCGGGCAAGACAUGAAAAUGGCUGUCUGGGACGUCCGAAAUUUCAAGCCCGUCCAUGAAUACUUCCUGCGACAACCCGGUUCGAGCGUGGCGAUCAGCGACCGCAAUCUGACCGCGGUCGGCUGGGGAACUCAGACCACGAUUUGGAAAGACCUGUUCACUAAGCACCGAUCUGACGUGGACCAGGUAAAGGUACAAUCGCCGUACAUGGCGUGGGGAGCGCAAGGGCAGACCGUAGAAAGAGUUCGCUGGUGCCCAUUUGAAGACAUUCUUGGAAUCGGGCACAACCAAGGCUUUUCUUCCAUUCUCGUACCCGGCGCGGGAGAAGCCAACUUCGAUGCCCUCGAACAGAAUCCAUAUGAGAACACCAAGCAGAGACAGGAGGCCGAGGUUAAGGCUCUCCUCAACAAAUUGCAGCCGGAGAUGAUCGGCCUAAACCCAGAUUUCGUGGGUAAUCUCGACUCUGCAUCUCACGAGCAACGAAAGCUUGAGAAGGAUCUGGAUCGUAAGACGGGUGCCGAGGCCGAGAAGGAGAGGAUCGAGGAUCUGAAGAAUCGUGGCCGUGGCAAGAACAGUAGUCUGCGGAAAUACAUGCGGAAGAAGGGCAACAAGAACGUGAUCGAUGAGCACAAGAUGCGGGUCAUGGAGCUGCGAGAACGCCAGCGUGAGCAAGCGAAACAUGCCAAAGAAGGAAAGCAGAAAGAGGAGCUGGGGCCUGCUCUGGCAAGGUUCGCGAGGAAGGGAGGUUGA